AUGUCUCCACCUCGUUGCGUCCGCUAUGUUCAGAGGCUGACGGGGCGAUUAGCCGCCCUGAAUCGGUUCUUAUCACAGUCAGCCGCUAAGGCACUGCCCUUUUUCAAAGUCUUGAAGAAAGCUGACCACUUCUCCUGGACGGAAGAAUGUCAACAGGCGUUUGAGCAGCUGAAGGAUUACCUUCACCACUUGCCCAGGCUCACCUCACCACGUCCAGGGGACAAAUUGAUCUUAUACCUGUCUGCUGCGACCGAAGCCGUGAGCGCCGUGCUGAUAGGGGAGGAAAGAGUUCAAAUGCCCGUCUACUAUGUUAGUCGGGUCCUCCGAGGUCCCGAGACGAGGACUGACCAACCCCUCCGGCAGAUCUUGACACGACCUGAGGCUUCGGGACGUCUUACCAAAUGGGCCAUUGAGCUGGGGGAGUAUGACCUCUCUUAUGAACCUCGCACAGCGAUCAAGGCCCAAGCUCUCGCGGACUUUCUAGCCGAACUUACCUUUGAUGAAGUGAAAGCACCCAUCCCAACUGCCACCCCGGUGACAGCUGAAGUAGCCCUCACUGGGUUCCAGCGAUGGAUUCUACACGUAGAUGGGUCGUCUAACAGUGAGGGUAGUGAAGCAGGCUUGCUCCUCGAAGACUCUCAAGGAGAUGUGUGCUCGUACGCCCUGAGGUUUGACUUCGCUGCCUCCAACAAUGAAGCCGAAUACGAGGCUGUCAUAGCUGGCCUGCAGUUAGCUCGCAAGCUCGGGGCUUCACACAUUUUGGUGUAUAGCGACUCCCAACUCAUCGUGUGCCAAAUAUUAGGCGAAUACGAGGCCAGAGACGAAGUGAUGCAUCGCUAUCUCUCUAAGGUCCACCAGCUAAUAGCACACUUCGAGUCCUUCAAAAUCCAAAGGAUACCACGGUCACAGAACCGGAGGGCUGACGCCCUCUCCCGGCUCGCGUCUACUUCUUUUGCCGACCUAAACAAGACGGUUCUCGUAGAAGUUCUAACCGAAUCGGGGUAUGAAGGAGAGGUCGUGUACCCCAUCUAUUCCGAGGACAUCUGGAUGGGGCCCUUAACCCGAUUUCUCAGCCAUGGAGAGCUCCCUGAGGACCGAGCUGAAGCACGGAAGCUUCAGCGAAAAGCAGUUCGGUACACCCUCCGACAAGGCUUUCUCUACAAGAGGAUGCUUGUGAAGAAAGCCUUGCUGCUCGGGUACUUCUGGCCCACCAUGAGGAUAGAUGCCCAGGUCAUGGUACUUUGUUGCCCUUCCUGCCAGCACCACGCUCCUGAGCACUACCAGCCGACCAACCUCAUGAUACCCAUCAUCUCGCCGUGGCCAUUCGAGCAAUGGGGAACUGAUAUAAUCGGUCCAUUCCCAGGGCUCCAGGCAACUAUGCUUACGUGGUGGUAG